CAAGUCCUUGACGGAUGAAACAAGACGCAAAAUGGUGAACAUGCUGGCAGCUGACAUGACAGAAAUGAAUGGUACAUCUCCACCCAGACAGGUGAAAGAAAUGUAUGCCAAAGGAAUAGUGACCUUAUUCCCGUACCUCAGUGACCCAUUCUCUAAGAAUGGCUAUGAGCAUUAUUAUGAUGGCGAGAGUGGAACUGGGUACUUGGCCUGGAGGAUUAAAACUAUUCAGAGAGGCACCGCCAAAGACAGGCGAUCAUCAUUCGGAGAAUCAGCCAAAGGAUCAACUGGUGAAGACAUGUCUGGAGGACCGACUGUCAGACGAGAAUCCCAGUUUGUUCCAGAGACUGCCCUGACUGAUGAUGAGUGCAACAAAGCAAUCUCACUGAUGAAACAUUCUGCUGAUGCAGACACAAUCAAGAAGAAAAUGGAACUGACGUUUGUGUAUCGCCGCAAAAUGAUCCUCGACCCCCAGCAGUCAAGCAACAUACUGUCUGAGUUUCCACGUUUUAAAGACGUCAAAAGCUUGGUAAUUAUGUUAUUCCUAAAUGCUGAACAACUGGCUGGUAGAAUACAUGCUUUUGACUAUGGAUACAAUCAGCAGCGAAACCGUCCACCUAGAGUAAAGUUGUUUGAUGGAAGUAAUGAUUUGGGGUUGAAUGCUAUACAGUCUUGGUGCUUAUUACGUAAUAUGCCUUUGCUAUUUGGUGAUUUAAUACAGUCAGAUGACCAGCACUGGCAUCUUCUACUUUUGCUUCUACACAUUGUUAACAUUGUAUUUUCCCCAGUCCUUACAGAAGGCAUGACCAUUUACCUCAAACAUUUAAUCAUUGAUCAUCAUCAGCUCUUCAAGCAGUUGUUUCCUGCAAUCAAUCUCUUACCAAAGCAUCACUUCAUGAUUCAUUACCCUCGUAAUAUAAAAAACAUCGGCCCAGUUCUGCACAUGUGGUGCAUGCGUUAUGAAGCUAAACAUAAUUUUUUUAAGAAGCAAUUAAAAAGCUUUAAAAAUGUAACAAAAACAUUAGCCAAAAAGCACCAAAGUUGUAUGGCAAUGUAUCGAGAGUCCUUUAGCAAGGAAAGAUUAACUUUAGGUUCGGGGAAGAUGGUAACACUUAGUGAGCUCAAAGAAGGUCCCGAGAUUGCUUUAAAAUGUGGGUCUGUAUUGUCUACCAGUGUGUUUUCUGCCAAGUGGAUCAAACAUCAUGGUACAGAGUACCGCCGUGACUUCAUUAUCUGUACUGAGGUAGCAUUUGAGAUGCCUGUAUUUUGUAAAAUCAAAAUUAUUGCUGUGAAAGAUGACUGUGUAUUGCUCUGUGGAAAACUGAUGGAAACAGUGUGUUUUGAUUACCAUUACUAUGCCUUUAAGGUCAGGAUGCAUCCAGACAGGGUUCAAAAGGUGAUCAACAUUACUGAACUGUGUUACUUUAAACCUUUUGAUGUUCAAAUGAAGUAUGGAACGACAGAUUCCUCCUUGUAUGUUGUUCCCUAUUGCCAUUUUAUGGAAACCUAAGGUCAAUGUUUUAAAAAGGGAUUUGUAUUCUUAAUAUAUUUUAGCCUGACAUAGUUGAGCUGUUAAUAAAAAUUUGAAAUGCA